GACGAUGCGGCAAGACGAUUGGCUAAUUGGUUAUCAUUAAUGAACAGCAACCACCAAAUGUUCUUUAUUCCUUGGAAUAUCGGGAUGCAUUGGACGCUAGUGGUGGUUGCGCCAAAGAAAAUUAUCCAUUUAAACCCUCUAAAAGGCCGCCCAAUUCCCGAAGAAAUAGAACAAAUGAUCGGAAGGGCAUUCAUGUAUAUAGGGGACGCACAUCAGUAUCUUGGCCCGUGGCAAGGAAUUGCACAAGCAAAUUGUCCAAGACAACCUAAAAGCCAAGAAUGCGGUUUUUAUGUUUUGAAAUAUAUGACUGACAUCGUCGCACGUGCCAACCCCAACCGUUACAUAGAAGAUCAAAAAGCUUUUGGGGGUAAGAAGCAAUACGAUCCAAAAACAGAAAUUUUACCACUACAGCGAAAGUGGAUCGAACAAUUGAUGGCGGUGAUUCACGGUGACGAUUGAGGUUCAAAGGUCGAAGAAUUUUUCUUCAUUAUGUAAUUUUUAUAGAUUAACUUGUAAUUAGAUUUAUUAACUUAUUAAUAUUUUUAACUAAUUUUACAUGUUUGUGUAAUAUUUAAUUAUUUUUAUGAAAUCAAAUUAUGUUUUUACCCAAAUUUAAUUACU